CAGCAUGGCCAGACCGCCGUUCGACGCCCUCCCGCUCCGCCGCGACGGCCCGCGCGGCAACGCCUGGGGCCUCUUCGGCGCCGGCGACGAGUGCGGCAUGCUCAACCUGCUGACGCCCGAGACGACGCGCGCGGCGGCGGCCGAGAUCGUCGACGGGACGCGCGUGCCCACCGACUGGCCGCUCGACAGCAUGGCGCCGCCGUGCUUCGGCCGGCGGCCGCUGGCGCACGCCCUCGUGGAGAAGGCGCCGCGCUGCGUCAACGACGACGAGCUCACCCUCAACACGCAGAGCAGCUCCCAGUGGGACGGCUUCCGCCACUUUGGCUUCCAGCGCGAGCGCCUGUUCUUCAACGGCGCGACGCAGCGCGAGCUGAGCACCACGACGGUCAAUGGCAUCCACGCGUGGGUGGACAAGGGCGGCAUCGUGGGCCGCGGCGUCCUGCUCGACUACGCGGCGUGGGCCGACGCGCGGGGCAUCGCCAUCGAGCCCUUCUCGACCGUCUCGAUCCCCGUGUCGACGCUGCGGCAGGUGGCCGCCAGCCAGGGCGUCGCGGCGUUCCGGCCCGGCGACAUCCUGUUCCUGCGCACGGGCUGGAACCGCGCGUACCGGGCGCUCGACGACGCCGCGCGGCGGGCCCUCGCGGCGCACGAGGUGCCGCCGGCCGUGGGCGUCGAGUCGUCCGAGGCGACGCUGCGCUGGCUCUGGGACGAGUCGUUCGCGGCCGUCGCCGGCGACCAGCCGGCCAUGGAGGCGUGGCCGUGCCAGGACCCCGAGCACCGGCUGCACGAGUGGCUGCUGGCGGGCUGGGGCAUGCCCAUCGGCGAGCUGUUUGACCUCGAGCGGCUGAGCGAAGAGUGCGCCAGGCGGAGGCGGUACACCUUCUUCUUUAGCAGCGUGCCGCUGAAUGUUCCGGGAGGAGUGGCCAGUCCGCCCAACGGCGUUGCCAUCUUUUGACAGAAACGAGG